CUGUGCCUGCCAGUCUUCAUUUUUCUGACGUGUUUGACUGUUAGCAAUAAAAAAUGUUAUUGUGGUGGUUAUCAUCGAUUACGUAGCCCUCGCUAUUUACAAAACACAUCACCAUCUUUUUUGAUUGAUCCGUUAUAAUGGCGGCGUCGAAAGGUGUCCCUAUCGAGAUCCGCACAGACGAACACGAGCUGGAAAGCCAUCGCGUAGACUCGCUGAACAUCCUCAUCUACCUGAUGCUGCUGGUGCUGACCGUGGUGACGGUGUGGAUCUUCAAGCAUCGUCGUUUUCCCUACAUCCACGAGACUGGUCUGGCUAUACUCUACGGACUCAUCGUCGGAGCUAUCAUCAAGUACGCCGGCUCCGCAACGGAAGUGACGCCCAUGUCCGUCCAACUGGUGACCCUCCCGGUCCUCCCCGCCCCGGCCAGCGUCCUCCCCCCAAACGCCUCCACCCCGCCCACCACCACCGCCCCCCUCGUCCAGGAGGCCGCUGCCCCGGAGACGGUGUACCUGGAUCUGCAGGUGAAGAAGAGCAACCCCGCUCGCUGGGAGAACCGCACCUUCGAGUACCAGUUGCGCGGCGAAGUGCACCGCGACGUCACCAAGGACCGGAUGCUGCAGCAGAAGGCCACGUUCGACCCGGAGAUCUUCUUUAAUAUUGUCCUGCCGCCCAUCAUCUUCUCGGCGGGGUAUAGUAUGAAGCGCCGGCAUUUCUUCCAGAAUUUCGGGGCGAUUUUCACCUUUGCGAUCUUCGGGACGAGUAUCUCCAUUUUCGUGGUGGCAGCGAUUACCUUCGCAUUCACGCGGCUGAUGCCGUCGAUGUCGUUCACUUUCAACGAUUGUUUGUUUUUCGGCUCGAUUAUUUCCUCCACCGAUCCCGUGACGAUCCUAGCUAUUUUUCACGACAUCCGCGUGGAUGUGACAUUGCACGCCAUCGUGUUCGGCGAGAGCGCCCUCAAUGACGCCGUGGCCAUCGUGUUCGCCAACUCCGUGCAGAACUACGCUAGUCAGUAUCAGGAAGGUGAAGACUUCCAGAUGGGGGCACUCUUCAAAGCCUUCGGGAAUUUUUUCGGGGUGUUUUUUGGAUCGUUCGCCACGGGCGCUGCUUUGGGUUGCGCCACGGCGUUAUUAACCAAAUUCACGCGUCUGGCCGAUUUCCCGCUGCUGGAAACGGCGCUCUUCGUCAUCAUGUCGUACAGCAGCUUUUUAAUCGCCGAGGCGGCCAACCUGACCGGCAUCGUGGCGGUGUUAUUCUGCGGCAUCUGCCAAGCCCACUACACCUACAACAAUCUAUCCAAAGUCUCGCAGGACCAUUCCAAGUUCUUCUUCGAACUGCUGAGCUUCCUGGCGGAGAACUUCAUCUUCUGCUACAUCGGCGUGUCCAUGUUCACCUUCCCCUACCACUGGUUCUCCGUGACCUUUAUCCUGGUGGCCUUCCUGGCGGUGAUUUUAGGAAGAGUGUGCAAUAUUUAUCCGCUCUCGGCGCUGCUGAAUCUCGGCCGGAAACGCAAGAUCCCGCUGAAUUUCCAGCAUAUGAUCUUCUUUAGUGGACUGCGCGGGGCCAUGUCGUUCGCGUUGGCCAUUCGCAACACAGUGACACCAGCCCGGCAGGCCACUCUGACCGCCACAUCCAUCAUUGUCAUUGUCACGGUAACCGCCGCCGGCGCGACCGCCCCGCGUCUCGUCAACUUCCUGCGCAUUCCCUCGCGCGUCGCCGACGACUCCGAGCGGCGUCUCUCCACCACCCCCUCCCGCCUCAAAGACGGCGCCGAGGACUCCACCGACUCGCAAGCCUACGGCAGCCUCCCGGGGCGGUCGUCCACCCACCGCGAGAAAACGUUGGCCGCGCGUGUCUGGCGCUCCUUCGACGACCGCUACGUCAAACCCUUGUUAACCCACUCGCGACCGACCCUAAUGGACACCUGCCCCGACUGCUGCAGUCCGUUGACGCGCCUGCUGACGUCAUCGCGGCAGUUCGGGCAGGAACGGUGGCGGACGACGGUGGACGAGGAGGAGAUGCUGGAGGAGGAGGACGGCGGGACGCCGCUGCCGCCCCACACCGCCCCCGGGGGGUUGGAGAAUCGCGGGAUGGACGAGGAGGCGGGGAGCUCCAGUGGGAGUGGGCACCGGGCCACCCAACCGCGGGUGACGCCGGGGUUGACGUCGCCCUUCGACACCAAAGAUCUGCCCGUUUAAUUGUGAAUUUUCCAUAAUUAAUUGAUUUUUUAUUCCGUUUAUUUGGAUUAAUUACCUAGAUUAAUUGAUUUAAUUAAUUGGAUUUAUUUAGUUGAUUUUUUGUAUAAUAACAAAUUAACUGAAUGAUUUUAAAUUAAUUAGAUUAAUUGAUUUGGAUUAAUUACCUAAAUUGAUUUUCAUUAACUGGAAUUUUUUGGUUGAUUUUUUAUUCAGUAGUGAAUCAACUGAAUAAUUUUGAUGAUUUAAAUUUGAUUAAUUUCGGUUAAUUGGCGUAAUUAACUGGGAGUUAAUUGGUGAAUUUAUAUUCCACUAUAUUCUCACUGUGAAGGGAAGCCGGUGCGAGAUGGGGAUGUUUUUUCAUGUGUUUUUUUCGUCUGCAUUGGGACUAGUCAAAAAUGAUUGUUGAUAUGGGAAAGCGCGAGCAGCUAUGGCAUAAUCUGGCAGUCUUAAUUGUUGCGAUUGAUGUACAGUGCGUAAAAGGAAUAAAUUGUCGUCA